AUGGACUACGAAAAUGUACUUCUGGUAAAGAAUGAGGUUUUCGUCUAUCGCAUUCCACCAAGACAAUCUAAUCGUGGUUAUCGUGCCGCCGAUUGGAACUUGGAUACACCGUACUGGACGGGGCGAUUACGAGUGGUGGCUAAAGGUCGUGAUCUAACUCUAAAAUUGGAAGAUCGAAAUACCGGAGAAUUGUUUGCCAAAUGCCCGGUAGAUGCGUUUCCCGGGAUCGCAGUAGAGUCCGUGUUAGAUUCCAGUCGCUAUUUCGUCAUUCGUCUCAUGGCAGAUGAUGGUCGAACCAUGUUCACAGGAUUGGGCUUCACAGAGCGAACGGAUUCAUUUGAUCUUAAUGUAGCUAUACAAGACCAUUUCAAAUGGCUUAAACAAGAACGGGAGGUUGAAGAAGCCGAACAAAAGAUGUCUGAAACUCCCAACCUGGACCUGGGAUUCAAGGAGGGACAGAAAAUCAAAUUAAAUCUGAACACUCGACGUACUGGCGAUGAACCAACUCAAUCUUCCGGUACCAAUAGGCCACGCCCAACUGCAAAAUUAAGUGGCAGUAUUGGCUCUGUCGGAUUACUUCCUCCACCUCCAGCGCCUGCAGUUUCACGUACUCGUGGUCCACGGUCAGUGACAGAGGCGGCAUCCGCUACCAAUCCCGGGGGUCAGCUGGUCAAUUUAGGCAGCCCGUUGAAAGAGAAUAAUACGACAAGAACAGCUCAGUCAACUGAGACUUCUUCAGUGAGUGGAUGGCUGUCAUAUUCGCACACAAAAAUGAUUGUUUUUAAAUUUGAUAUCAUCAUUUGUGAUAGGCAGCUUCGCUAA